GUUUCUCAAUUUUUGCCUAAUGAAUACAUAGUUUAACUAAACACGUUUAGGUGUGAAUGGGGUAUAAGUUAUUCCAGACAUCAGGUGUAAGAUUCAUGGUGGUCCAAUGGCUCAACCUUCUAGUGACAUUAGACUUUUGUAAGUUAUUUUUAUAGUAUAUGAUUUCUGUGGAAGUCUGCAUUAAAAGUGAAAUUCAUCCUGUGCAAAAAUCAGUUAUCUGUCUGCCCAAGAAAUGUCCCCAUAUUCAAAAAAACAGCAAAAUGAAACUUAAAAAAAAGUUAGAUAUUUAAUGUGCCGCAAGAUUUCUUAUUAAUCUUUGAUACUCUAUAUAAUAAACAUGGUAUUCCCAAAAGCAGUUCUUAUUCAUGACUACCUAAGUAUAGGUAAAAGUCAACAUUUUCAAGAGGAACACCAUUGGAGGACAUAGUAAUUGAGUCAAACACAAUAAUUAGACAUUGGUUGGUGGGUUGAGAAUUAAGGAGACUAACCGAUACUGAGCUCUUUCAGUUGGUCUGUAGCACACAGUUCACAGACGUCGUACGUAAUUGGCUGUGUCAUAUGGCACUCUUACAGGAUGUGCCUAAGGGUGAGAUGAGAAGAAAUGAGGAUGUGUCUUCAUCUUCAUGAGUCUACUUCAACGAUACUAGAGGGUACUGCAGCCAUCAUCUAGGAACGUAAAGCUUUAUGGGGGUGUCCAGAGGGCAAAUAUAUAGGAACGAAAAUAAAAAUGAAGACUCAAAUCGUCAAAUCCCAUGAAGAACUUCAAAAACAACUUAAGAAAGCGGCAAUUGCGUUUGCAAAGUCUGACGACUACCACCACCUACGUCCAAAAUAUACCGUCGAGUCCGCCGAAUAUCUUCUUAGAAAGGUUGGUGUGUUCUCUGGCGACAACGAAGUGAUCCUGUCAGACACCAACGGUGGUCCUGUCACUGUUAUAGAGCUUGGCUGUGGUACUGGAUUACUGACGCUCGCCAUGGUCGCCGCACUGAGAGGCAAGGAGAACAUACGUUACAUUGCCACAGAUCCCACUAAAAGCAUGAGUGAAACUUUUGAGAAGAUGUUGCCUGAAGUAGAAUUCGUAGCAUGUAAAGCAGAGGAUUUGCCAUUCCCAGACAGCAGUGUUCGUGCCUUUGUCGCCGGUGCAAGCUUCCAUUGGUUUGCAAACCAGAAGGCCUACGAGGAACUCUACAGAGUUCUGGAGCCAUCCGGAAUGCUAGGAUACGUAUCUAACCUACCCAGUGAAAAAACUUCCGCUGACUGGGUCAAAGAAAUGUACUUCCACCUUUGGGACAGCUACAAGCGGACGGGGGCGCCAUUUGAGCACGAUUACGAAUGGAGGGAAGCUUUAUUGGCUUCCGGUCUGUUUAUAGAUUACGAAGAAGAUUUUAGUCUUGACUACCACCAAGAGGUCACUCUCGAGGAGUGUAUCCAGUGUUUUACGUCAUUUGGCGGCGUUGCCUCUGGUGGAAGUGACAACCAACGAAAUUUUUCAAACGAGCUGGCGAAAAUCCUGAAACAGCAUUUUACCGACAAAGGCGUGGAAUUUCCAGGAAUUCAACACACCACAGAGAUUUAUACCAGUCGCUCCAAGAAAACAAAAUAAAUCGAGUGGGAUCCUAUAGCUUCAUUGGUGUAACAAAAAUAAAAAAAUGUUAAGAUAAGCCAAUCGAUUUAAAGCAACAUUAAAUAAAUCGAAAAUGAUAAAUAAUUA